UCAGUGAGAGCCAUUGUCACUAUUAUCAUGGUAGUCAUAUCAUAUACAGAGAGCAUAGCGGUUGAAAGUGAGUUCGACAAUGUAAAAAUGUAAAUAAACUGGAAAACAAAACUUAUAUGCGACAAAUCGUGGACAUAAAUGGAUGAAUUUGAUCGGCGACUUUCAGUUUUAGUUUUGGAAUUGCAGGAGGUCAUGGCGCAACCCACAGCGGGGUCACUGCACAUAGAGUACGGGUCAGAUAUCUAGAACCGGGGAUUUUAACUUGAUACUAAAGCGAACAAUGUCCCGAAGGAAGCAAUCCAAUCCGAAGCCAUUAAAAAGGCCAGAGGAUGAGGAGGAUGAAAAAGAUGUGAGUUCCAAGGAGAGCCAAUCAGAGGAAAGGAUAGGUAUGGAGGGUAACCAAUCUGAGACAGAGUUACAAAAUGAAAAAGAAAAUGAGCCAAUGGAAGAAGAGUGUAUAGCUAAGACAAAUGAAAGUGACAAUGACAACGAAGAAAUGAUACAAGAUGAUUCUAAAAUUGAGCAUGAUAGAACUUCAGAAGAAAAAUUGCACAAUUCAAGACAAAACCAGAAAAUAGAACCUAUGUCUCCACGACGACUAGAUGUCAUGAAAAGAUUACAUUUUCCGGUAGAUCUACUUACAUUACGUCAAGUGGACGAGUCAGAGUUUUUGCAAACAGGAAUCCCAUGGUCUGUUUCAUCACAAAUGGCUGUACCCAGAGGCAGCACCAUUGGCCCAUACCAAGGGGAGACGAUCGCGUUGAGUUCAAUCAAGCCUGGAGAACUUGUGCUGCAGUUCCAGGGCAAUGAUGGGGAGUUUUCCUUCAUCAAGGUCACAGAAGAGACAGGGGCUUGGCUCUCUUUGCUGCGCCCAGCUGAUGCUAGCUCCACCCACAACACCUCUGUCUACUUUGAAGGUGGGAGAAUUUGGUGUGAGAUUGUUGAAGAUCUGGACCAAGGGACAGAACUCCUGGCUUGCUUCACAACAGGAGGGGAACAGUCAUCUCCCUUGGGCAAGGAUAAACAAGAGAAGAGUGAGAACUGUGUUAUUCGGGAACCAAGAGUUGCGGCCCCUGCAGUGAAGAAACAUGUCUCGAAGUCUGGAAUUGGUGUGACGCCCCAGCCAGCCUUGAUAUACGGGUGCCCAUUCUGCAGUGUCCGUUUCUCCAGCCAGCGCACCCUUGAGGCCCACCUCCAAUACUACUGCUCGAAGAAGCCGGCAGACUUUGUGAGCCUCCAGGAACUCCAACAGAGGAUACAGCAACAUGCUGCCCUUGAGCUUCGCCUGCACCAGGCUGCCAAGAUGGAGGAUGACUCAGGAUCCCAGAAAAGUCCAGGACAGGUGUCUCCUCGCGGUGUUAAGCGUUCCAGUGAUGGAGACCAAAGUUCUGACUCCGAGACCUCAUUGAAAGUGAAUUCCCCACAGAGCGAGGUGUACCGCUGCAAGAUAUGCACAUUCUCCACAGACAGACUCUCCACCCUCCACAGACAUCAGACCUCUCAUAGUAUAGACACGGACUCAGGUACAGAGUCAGAGCGUCUCUCAGUAUCUCCCGCUUGUGUUGAUGAGAUGUAUUGUAAGGAAUGUAAGAUCCAGUUCUCAUCAGUAAACACUUUCCGAGGCCACAAGGAGUUCUACUGCAGGUUUAAUUUGUCUUCAAAGGACAAGAGUUCAGACAGUGAAAUGGCCUCACCAGGGGCAAGCAACCACUUGCAUACAGCCAGUGAGCUGGCUAUGAAACUCCUUAAGUCUCCUCCAGUAUCCCCUGAGGCUCAGCUGCUAGCCGCUAAAGGACAGUUACAGGCAGCUCUGUUGGCUUCAAACCCUUUAUUGCAAUCUCCGUUACUAUUACAAGAGCUGCUUGCAAAGUCCCAACAAGAGGAACUUAAUAAAGCUCUUGCAAGUGCUCAGCAAGCUACUGCGAGUAAAACUGUUUCCUUGGUUUCUGAAGACCAGCCAUUAGAUCUGAGUAAACCAGGCAGGAGAGAGUCAGAGGACUCUAAGCCAUCUGUUUCCCCUAACAAAGCAGAAACAUCAUUAAAAUCUGAACUAAAAAGUCCCAAUGAACAGCUAAGCCCUGCUUCAAAAAGAAUUAAAUUAAGUGACGAAAAAUCAGCUGACGUUCCUGUGUCAGGAUCCAAAACUCCUCUCAACAUUCCAUCUCUCCACCCUUCGAUGUUGCUAGGCAACCAGACUGUCCAAUUCGUGAACAAGAAACCGAUCCCACCUCUACAGUCCGUUAGUAGGUGUGUAGAGUGUAACAUCGUGUUUUAUAAACACGAGAACUUUCUUAUACACAAGGAGCACUAUUGUUCAGGAAGGCACGCUAGCAAAGAUUCUGCUUCCGAUUCCGAUAACCAAGAAAUUGAGGUAGAUGAAACUGAACCUUUGGAAAAACAGGAGGUGGUGUCAAAGGAAAACGUUACUAAGGAACCUGUUUCAAAGCCAGUGGAAACUGAGAGUAAACAAACUGUAAAUAAUGACAUUCGGAAAGAUCUGUGUUAUAAAUAUUUCUGCAUUCCAUGUAAGAUCAAAUUUAGUUCUGCUGGAACAUUGAAAGCCCACAAAGAGUUUUAUUGUCCUCAUGGGAAAGAAAAUGCUUCCGCUGGGGAAAAAGAAGAGUCAGAAAAUGGUGGAAAUCAUUUGAAUGGAUCCAGUUAUCAUUGCGAGAACUGUAAAGGUGAUUUUAGUUCAGCCCGUCUGCUUAAGCUUCACAUCUGUAUGGGUGAAAUGUCACCUGCCCCUCUUUUACGCUGCUUGUACUGUGACUACGUUACCCAGACUGAAAACAGACUCUCUGAACAUAUGAAGGUUCAUGUCCCGACAAAAGCGUUCAAAUGUAACCUUUGUGGAUAUCGUGGCAACACUGCUCGGGGAAUGAGAAUGCAUGGGAAAGUCCAUAUGGAAAGUGGGGUGGAAUUUACUGAUGAUAACAUGAUUGAAUUUCAGGAGCCACCUUUAGUUCCAAUUCAGAGAAACGGAAUGACAGAAAAUAAAGGCCCUGUGGAUGUUGAAACUGAAUUAAUUAGAAUGAAAAAUGAACCCUACAAGAGAAGGCGGUCAAGAAAAUCAUUUGAAAAGUCUGAAAACAUGGUUCCAUUCUUAGGGCAGAAUUUGAUGACUCAGAUCUGUGCAGCCUGUGGUCAGACAUUUACAAAUGUAAGUGACUUUGUUAUCCAUCUCAGAAUGCAUGAAAUAGCAGCUCUAGAAGCAAUGAAAAAUUUGAAAAGUUUAAGAUGUGAGCACUGUUCGGAGUAUGUAGCAGAAUCGCUGACAGCUUUGUUAGUUCAUAUGCAAACAAAACACCCUGAACAAUUUCCUGGAACAAGCAGACGUGAGCAGAACAGUCCCACAGAAAAUGAAAGUUCAAGGUCACAUGACAGUCAUGUUCCAAGUGACAGGUCAAGGUCAUGCUCAGUGGAGAGUUCAAAAACUACAAACUCUAUGUCUAGUCAGGAUAAUAAACUGUUGAGUGACCCCUCGCAUGGAGACAGUGCACACAAUAUAACUCCAGGAUAUGUUGAGGUUAAAGUUGAGAAGGAGUCCAGUGAUUCAGAAUCUGAAAUCAAUAAACAUUCUCCGGUUGCUAGGGAAACAAGAUCUCCAGUGGAAAACGAUCUGCCAACCAAAACAAAAACUCUACGAGAUGACAGUCCCAUAAAUGAAAGAUUAAGAUCUGAGAGGAAAGACUCUGCUUCAGGACACUCUAAGAAACAGCAAUUGUCAAACAACCAUGAAUCAAGCCAGUCACCUGGACCAGAGAUGUCUCCAGAAAGUGCUGUGAAGGUUGAACCCAAAUCCCCUUCCAGUCAAAAUAUCAGCAAAAGUGACAGAAAUAGAGACUCUGAUUCCCCUGCAAGUGACAUUCUUAAACAAGAAUCCAAGCUGUCCACUAAACUUACCUCCCCAGACCCGAAGACUCGAUACUUAAUGAACAUAAAGCAGGAGCAAAUGUCCCCUCCCGCAGCUCCUGUGACUCCUAAAAAGUCCCCGCCACCUACUAGUCCAAGAACCCCAGUAGUGUCCCCAAAAAUCAGCGUACCGCAUUCCCCAAAACUGCAGAACCUGCCUCUGUUGUACAACCACCCGGCAAUGUUGGCCCCCUUCCAUUUCCCUACUGGGAUUCCUCUGGCCCUUAUUCCUCCAGCGGGCCUCCAGAUGAGUCCCCCCGCCCCUGUGAGCCCCAUCGAGAAACCAGGCAGAAAGUACUGUAAACAUUGUGAUAUAAACUUUACCUACUUGUCAUCAUUCCUAACACACAAGAAAUACUACUGUAGUGCAAGAAACACAAAUGAUGGGGGAGAGAGUCCAACUGCUACUGCUUAAUUAUGCUGAGUUUAGUGUUAUGUAACCUUUUUUGUGCUUAAAUAAAAGACCACUUUCUUCACGAUUCUUACAACAGCUAGUUGUAUUUAGUUUAAGUUUUACAGCAUGCUUUUUCAUAAAAACAUGCAUUUUGUUAAUUGAUAUAAGAAAUAUUUUCUUUCGAGAAACAUGUUGUUGUUUUUUUAUUUUGCUCUUUGGCAAACAGUUGUGGGCUAUUGAUCAAAUAUAUUUUUUUCGUAGACUGAAGGAUACAAAGAAUGUUUUUUUCAUUCAUAGUUAUUUAUGAUCAUAUUAAUUCUUAAAAAUAUUCUUGUAUAGCUUUUAUAGUGCUCUUUGAAGACAAGUGUUUCCGAUACAUUGUAAUUUGUGAUAUAAUUUUUUGAUAGAAAGUUGUGCCAUAUUGUGUUUCUGCUAUAUCCUGAUAUAAAUUAUUCCUAAAGGCUAAAGACAACCUGACUAUACAGCAAAUAGUUUGAAGAUUUUUUUUCAUUUUUCCUUUUGCUCCAUAAUGUAAUGAAUGAAUAAUAUACUUUUUUUAAAGAAAUUAUUAAAAAUACUUCCAGAAUUUGGCAAAGUUUUUCUUUACCCAUACUUACAUGUACAAAUCUAUACGCAAAAAAUUAUCAUCAUUUUGCAUUGUUAUAAGUAUUUACUUUCAUGAAAAACAGUAAUUAAAUUUUUGAUUUAGUGUCUCAGUGAUUUUUUAUGAAUUGAUUUAGAGUUUCAGCAAAAAAACUUCAACAAAACUAAAUUAAACCAUUCAGGUCAAUUUAUGCUAGAUUAUGCCUUGUGCUAUUGUUCAUUCCAUGUCAUAAAAAAAUGAUACUUUUUUAUUUUUCUAUGACAGCUUUAUCAGUUUUGACUUGUGCACACUGUUUUAAUGGAAAAAGAAAAUAUUUUUCCUGUGAUGUUUGGGCCACACCAAAUUGAAGUUUUGUUCGACGGAUUUCUCUCACAAUUUAUUAAGAAAAUGCAAAGAAAUAUGAAAACACACUCUUGUAAAAAAUGUUGCAUCGAACAAUGGGAAAAAUGUGUUAUAAUAAUUAUAUCUUUAAAAUCUCCCAGAAAACUGAUACAGGCGUAUAAAAAUGAAUACUCCAUUGAGUAUUUGCUGUAACAAUUACACUAAGAAGAGAGAAUAAAGUUAUGAUUAUUGAGAAUUAUCAUUCUAAAUAAUAACUUAUGCAUAAAAAUGGUUAAGCUUUCUCCCUUCCUGUUUAUAAACAAAAUCGGAAAAAUGUAUUUUUAUUUUUACUAUUUUUCUCCAUUUUUUUUACAGCUAAAUUUGUAGGACAUAAAAAAUUGGUGUGGCCCUUAGUUAACUAAACCUUCAUCAUUUUUUGUUGAGAGCCAAAACUGUUCAUUGUUUCAUUCUGUAGUAAAUUGAUUUUCACAUUAUCAGUAAUCAUUAAGUUGCCGCAGGGUCAAAUUAUCAACGAAAAAACAACAAUGUAUCGUAAGAUUAUGAAUUUCCGUUAAAUACCAAGCGCCUAUUAGAAAUAUAAUUAAAUUUUUUACCUUGAAAAUCUUAAUAACCAUAGAGGGUUUGUUCCAGCCAAAUAAUUUCUUUCAAAAUAUAUCUCAUUAUUAACAAGAAUAAAGAGUUAUAAUAAAUUUACAAUAUGCUCAUUGGUAAGAUGGCCCUAACACGUAUUCAACACAUUGAUCAGCAACAAUUUAAAUCUUAUUGAUAUGGUACAAUUAAUACCAUUUAGAAUAAUUUUAUAACUGAUCUGAUAUUUUUGCUUUCUAUUCAGCUAUGUAUAGUAGGGCAUUAUGUUUUUAUUUGAAUCCGUUACUUUUCUAAAUUUUGAUCAUAUAAGUCUCAAAAUAAAAAAUUUCAUAUGUGCCAUAUGCCGAACAUUUCAGAAUGUUUGCCGUAAUAGGUUGAAUAUAAUUAUCCUAUUCAACUUUACUUUAUUAAUGUAUUAUAAUUCUGUUUGUAGCUUUUAAUGUUUUGUUUCACUUUUGUCUGUAAUUCAGCAUUGCAUUGUGUUCUAAUUUAUUUACAUUCUAUGGUUUAUGUCGACAGUCAUGUACGUUUUUAGUUUUAGCUUGUAAAAUAGAGGAGGUAUUGUUAUAGCCUUGGUGCCAUUGUCAUCAGCCUUUUCAUCAGAGUGGUCAGUUUGCAAAAACAUUCAGUAACCAUGGUCAUGGCCGUGGCGCCAUUGUCAUCGGCUUUUUCAUCAGAGUCGUCAGUUUGCAAAACAUUAAGUAACCAUGGUCAUAGCCAUGGCGCCAUUGUCAUUGGCUUUUUCAUCAGAGUCGUCAGUUUGCAAAACAUUAAUAACCAUGGUCAUAGCCAUGGCGCCAUUGUCUUCGGCUUAUUAUCGAAGUGGUCAGUGGGCAAAAACAUUAAACAUGGUCUUAGCCUUGGCAACAUGGCCGUCGGCGCCUUCAAUGGCAACUUCAGUGUGCAAAAAGAUUAACCAUGACCAUAACUCAAAAGCUUUUCAAGAUGUUCAAAAAAAACUUGCAACAUGUUUUCCGAGACAUUACACAAAAUUUCCUUUAGGCCCAUAAUGCCAGCUUAAAUAUUUGUUGAGUUAUUCCCCAUUUUUAGCAAAACAAUAGACAAGCGUUCGCGUUAGCUUGACGGCGCUCUUGAUUUUUUCUGUUUUCACCAGUCACAUUUGUGUAUUUUUAAAAUAAUGCAUGUUUUUCUGUUUUUUUUAAUGAUUUUAGUCAUACUGCUAGUUCAGGUCUUUGAAAAUGAAUAUGAAAAUGAUAUUUUCUAAAAGUAUCAAAGUGUCAAUUCUUACAUGUUUUCUGUGUUAUAAUUUCUGUAUAGUUUUGUUUGUAGUAAAUAGAUUACUAGCAUCAGCAUUCUUACUUCCAGGUAGUAAAAGAAAUUCAUAGUUAUUAACAAUUAUCAACAUCAUGUUCAGUCAGGCACUUCUAUCUAGUCCGCACAGUCAAAAUGUCUGCAUUAAACCAUAAUCAUGCUGCGUUGUAACAGACAUACACAUGAUUGCUAUUUAAAUAUGUCGAUGCUGACUUAACCUCUGUUUAGUUUUGUACACACUUUUCUCUAGUCUUUCGUGCAAUUGGCAGUUCAUACACUUUCCCGGUGCGUAACUUCAGGGGAGCAAUGGAGACAUUUGAUGUCCAUACCAAAAAAUGACCCUCUACCUAAGAUUAUGAUUAAAAAAAUGGUCUGCAUGGUCCUGAAAUAAAGUUAUAUCUUUAAAGAUUAUAUGUUGAAUAAAAAAUAUGUGGACACAUUUCUAAAACAAUAGAAACUUAGUAACACCAAAAUAAUCUCAAAAAAAAUGCUGCAUGUUUUUCACCAUAGUUCAUCUGGAAUUACGCCCCUUGCUAUUUCUGUACUAUGUAUACCAGAGUUAUCUUCCAUUUUGAGGAAGCGUUGUUGUUAUGUAUUCAGUCCAAGUCAGCAAAUGUUGUAUCAUGUCUAUUAUUAUUAUUAUACCUAUGAUUUUGUUCUGAUUUUAUAAAAAAAUAAA